AUGACUGAACAGCCAAGCGAAGCCAGGCACCUCAGGAUUCAAGCUUGCUUGCUGCUGGUGGUCUGCCUAUGGCCAUGGACACAGCAAACUCUGGCAACACCGUGCCAGGAUGGUGAACUGAGAAUAAUAGGUAAAGGCGAAAAGAAAUGCUGCCCCAAGUGCAUCUCAAAGACCGGAGACAACGGCGCGUGUCAAAAUACUGAGGACAUUGACUGCAAAUGUCGUCAGGGAUACAGCUGUACUGACAGUGCAUGUCACUACUGCAGCAAACUGCCUGAAUGUGCAGAGGGCGAGGAGCUGGUUAAGCUUGGCAUUUUAGACUUCACAUUCAAAUGUAAACCAUGUAAGAUAGGAACCUAUUCCGAUGUUAAGAAUGGCUGGUGUCGUAACUGGACCGAAUGUGAAAGUUCUGGGCUUUUAACAAUCAAGCGAGGCAACAGUACGCAUAAUGCAGUCUGUGGUUUCCCUCCAAAAGAUAUGGAGCAAGCUCCUAUUACAAAUGACUCUCUCUAUACCACCAUCCUGGCCAUCCUUACUGCAGUGGCUGUAUUUGUUCUCAUCUUGCUGACUUUCUUCUUGCAUUUCUGCAUAUGGUCACUGAAGAGAGAAAAAUACCACACAGCUGACGAUCUGGAACAUAACUUCCCUAGGCUGCCGGUGGCUUCACAACUGUCACACCAUAGAGAAGAGACUUACAGCUGCCAGUUUCCAGAAGAAGAACAUGGAGGCAAAACACCAGAAGAAAAGCCUUGUUUUUUCCACCCACAGAGUCUACAGUGA